GGUGUACUGUCAUUUGGCGAGCGGUCGUCGCGCUGCGCGCACGCUCCACCGGCCAUCUUGGAAACAUUUAUUUUUGUUACAUUUGUGCCUUCUGCACUCACCGCUAUCGAGGACGAACUGCGCGCUUUCAGUGCUAGUGUUUCGAGCUUUGUUUUUGUGAUCAAAUCAAUCAGUGAUUUAUUUGUGUUGAUGAUGUUUAUGUCUGGAUUCUUUAUUCUCUCUCCUGAAAUAUCAGCGAGAAUGACUCCGCAAGAGGAACGUGAGAGUUCGCGUGGAGGCGAGAUAGCGGACGCGUUCGAGGAUGACAUGUUUGGUCCAUCGCGGACUGAGCCUGCCGCGCGUCCCAAGUUGUCCAUGAUCUCCGCCAGGCUGCGCGCCAACGAGGAACGCAAGCGUGUCAUCGAGAUCUGCUCGCAGAAGCUAGAGAAUAUAGAAGACCCCGCCCGCGAUCUGCGGCGAUCAGUCUGCAUCAAUAAUACGUACUGUCGGCUGAGCGAGGAAGCGAGAAGAGAGAAAGAAGCCAGGCGACGUCGGGCGAGAGAAGAAUGCGACGAUUCCUGGAUAGGGAAGAAGGCCCGGCGCGCUGUUGAAGACGAGUGCUUAGCGUUGCUGGACGCAAUCCCUGAACUUGGCGAUGCUAAUCUUGGUUGCGCACAGCUGGCGCGGCAGAUGCCCCGACAAGACGUGAUGCUGCCCCCAGGUCUGCUGACGGUGAUGGACUCGUGACCGCGUCGCUCUACGCAUCUACACACGCCGCUGUGAUGCCAGCCAAGUGAGAAUUGCUCGGGCGAGGUCACAGUCGAGUCGCUGACCGACUUACCGGACGCGUUCUGACCGAACUCGCCCGAACCGCCCGCCACGUUCCGGCUCCUGUCACCCGCCACUUCGCAAGUCGCCACCAGCCCCACACCUGAUGGAGCGGUACUGGACAUCGAUGAUUGUACACACGUUACCCCACGAACGUUUAGCCAAUUCUAUUAUUAAGAUGAGUACUUAGAAGUGGUUUUAUUAUUUAGUGAAAGUUGCUCAGGCGCUAGAGACGGGCGCGAACCGCGAUCAGUUUGACAACUUAUUGGAGGACUUUUGCGAUGUAAAGUUCACGGGAUUGUGAGGAAAGUAAAGGAUAACUUCGGAGUUUAGCCUUAAGCCACGUUUCAUUUAUGUUAUUGUACUAAAAGUAGUUUAAUUUAGAUAAAUAUUAAGACGGUUAAGUGAUAGUGCAAAAUAACUGGGAACGGUUACGCGUGAUAAUGUAUAACCAUUAGUCCUCAGUAACUUAUUUAUAGCUCCGAGUGAGAUUAGAUAUGUUUAAGAUGCGUUUGAUACAAGAAUUCUCCAAACGAAUAAUAAUUAUUCGAUAAAGUUUGAAAGUAAAAGCCGAGUGCAGUGCGCUAUGAAGCGCGAGAGAGCGCGCUUCUGCCGUCUCGCUCGCACGUCUAGUGAACGAUUCUUGUUACGUAUAUGACAUGGCCGUAACAAAGGAAAAAACACUUUAUUCGCUAUGACGUGAGGCACUUCGCGGUACUUGGGUACCACAUCGGUGAUAUGACCUUACUCGCGUACAAGAUAUCCAAACGUUGUUCCAAACCUUGGAUUAAAUGUUGCAUUUUACAAGUCUGAAUCAUAUUAAUUUUAUUAAUGUGUUUUGUUUUGCGCUUUGUAUCUUUAUAUGUAUAUUUUAGUUACCUUGUCCAAUUAUUUACGCUUUGUUACCACACGUGAAAUUGGUUACUACUUCAUUUAUUUUGUACUUAUUAUUAUUUAGCGAAUAUUUAGCUGUGUUGUCAUUGUUAUUUUAUUUUAGGCGAACGUUUUAGUUGAAAUGUAACGGUAUUGCUAACAGAUGGUUGUGCAAUAGACUAGGUUCUAAUGCGUUGUGCAAUUUUGUGAGGAAAUUGUAUUGAAAUCUUAAUUGUCGCAAAAUAUUGUAUGAGCCGGUUAUACCCCUCUGAAUAGCAAGUAGGCACCUGUAGUAAGUCGUCCGGGUAUAGGGAGGAGGGGGUAUAAUGGGGUGGCAUGGGGUAAAGUGGGGCAAAGCUAACCGUUCCCAGCACUACUGUGAUAUUAGCCUAGCCUGUAUGUUGUAUUUGUGCUAGUUCCCUCAUCUUUUAGAUUUUGUGCUAUGUACAAAGGCUUCAAGAGAUUUAAAACUUACGGCCAUUUUAUACGGAUAGCCCGACUUAAUGUAAUUAUACCCGAUAAUUGUAAUAAAAUAACGUCUUUUGCGUUAAUAAAACAACGUGUGUAGUUUUACAGAUGAAGAUUUUAAAUGCUUAAUAUGUCUCUUCGAUUAGAAGAACGGAUAUAUGUAUUAUAAUAAAUGUUAUCAUCGCUCGGCGAAAAGAGCGAGACGGAUAUAUUGAUACGUAUUCUUACAAAAUAAGUUCGGAAUGUUGUACUAUUUGUUAUAUGUCAACCAUUUUAAAAUCUCUCCUUCGAUGAUUGUUAUGAAAUCCCUUUAGCUUAGGGCAUUAUGUAAGGAACCACUAAAACGCACAUUAUGUAGUUAUUAUCAUACAGUCAAGACAAGAUUCAAAGAUUUUUGUAUAAAUAAUGUUAAUGAUGACGUCACGUUUUGGUGUUGCCUGUUGUUAAUAUAAUGUUUAAUACAAAAGUGUUAAUGCUAAUUAAAGGCACAGGUCGUUGUCCAAGUCCUGUCUCGUGACUCAUUCACUUAAAACAAAGCGUAUGUUUCAUAAAAUUAUAAAAUGGAUUCUUGUAAAUAAAAUCGUUUUUAGUUUUCA